AUGGCCUCCCGCCCCAGGGCUCCCAGCUCCAGCUCUACCGGCCCUCUACUGGUUCCCUCGGAGCACAUGCUGCAGUUUGUAGAACUGGCUAAUCGGCCCGCGUCUGACCCGUUAGACUCUGGGGCCUGUGGACACAAGGGGGGGGAGCAGCGGGGUGGGCAGUGCGCUUUAGGAGUGGGGGGGCAGGCGGGGCGCCUGAGAAAGUCUUCCCUUCAUGGGGUGAGCAUCCGGCAGCUGGUGGACGAGAUCCCCGAAGGCUGCAGCACACCAGACUUCCAGCAGAAGCCCGUCCCCAUGGCGCUGCAGGAGGGGAAAAAUGCCAUCCUUCGGGCCGUGGUGUGCGGGGAGCCCAGACCGGAGGUUCACUGGGAGAGCACCCAAGGGGCCCUCAGCAACUCCAGCAAGUACCAGAUCUCCUCUGCCCCUGGCAGCAAGGAGCACGUGCUACAGAUCAACAAGCUGACGGGCGAGGACACAGACCUGUACCGCUGUACCGCAGUGAACGUGUACGGAGAGGCCACGUGCGCCACCAGGCUCCUGGUCAUCGAAGUUGGCUUUCGGAAGAGUCGGAAGAGGCACAAGGAAACCCAGGAGGACUUCAAGAAGGAGCUGUUGGACUGCCGAAGUCUCCUGAAGAGGAGGGCCCCGCCUCCCAAGAAGAAGGUGGACCUGCAGCAGGUGUGGCAGCUUCUGAUGACGGCCGACCGCAAGGACUACGAGCGGAUCUGCCUGAAGUACGGCAUCGUGGACUACCGGGGCAUGCUGCGCAAGCUGCAGGAGAUGCGCAAGGAGCACGAGGACAAGGUGGCAAAGUACGUUAAUGCCGUCUCCAACCUGAGACACAUCAGGGUCAGCAAGGAGGGCGUUGCAACAUUUGAUCUGGAGCUGGAUCUCAAGUAUUCCGGGAGCAACAUUUACCUGUGUAAGGAUGGUGAGAUGGUCCCCUACGGCUUUGACAACCAGACCAAGCACUCCCUGCGGCGGCUGGGGAAGCGCUACCAAUUCCAGAUCCGGGACCUGCACCUCGAGGAUGCUGGCAUUUACCAGGUCAAGGUGGAGGAUGUGCAAAUCUUCUCCACCGAACUGGAUGCUAGCGCCAUCCCCUCCAGAGUGGUGGUCCCGCUGGCCGAGGCCCACUGUGAAGAGCAGGGUGAUGCGGUCUUCGAGUGCACUCUCUCCAGCCCCUGCCCCCACGCCGCCUGGAGCUUCCGGCACCGGCCGCUCCAGCCCAGCGACAGAUACGAAGUGUCUGUGUCCCCCGACGAGCUGACCCACCGGCUGGUGGUAAAGGGAGUCCGUGUCUCAGACAUGGGCCCCUACUCGCUGAGCACUGGGUUCCACGGCUCUAGCGCCUGGCUGGUGGUUGGAGCUGGAAAGGAUAAAAGCCUUCUGCCCACAAGGGCUGACCAUCAGCUGCAAGCACGAAGGGCCCGGGCCUCAGAAGCAGGAGAUUCCAGAAGCUUCAGUGGCGAGGGUGGGGAACUCAGAGAGCAGGGCCCCCUGGAGGGCUACCUCAAUGGGGCUGGACCUGCUUCUGGGCUGCCACUCACAGCUGGCCCUGAGACAGGUGGCCUCGGUGGACAUGGCUACUCCCUGAUAGGGAGUGAUGGGACAGAUGGCUCAGCCUGGGACCCUGGGCAGGCCAGAAAGGGCUUUCUGGAAGCAGACAGAGGCAUGGCCACUCCCUCUGGGGAAAAUCAGCUCCACGCAGAGGGAGGCUGGGGCCGAAGCCUUCCCGGGAGCCCCUAUCUACAGGGAGAGGGCGUGGAAUCAGGGUGGGGCCUCGUGGAAGGUCAACAGCAAGAUCUCAGCAGAGACAGUGAUGGGGACAGAUGCGGGAGGCUGGCAGGAGGCUGGGAGGCCGAGUCCAGGCACCCUCAGGUGGGAGGACUGCAGAGCAGCCGGGAAGGAAUGGAGUCCAGAGAGGACCAUGGGAGUCCCCUGCACAGGCAUGGCCAGGACCGACUCUGCAGUGCUCCUUUGGGACCUGGGAGAGGAGAGACAGCCCCGAGGGGAUCCCAGUCUGGUCCUGGGGGCUCUUGGUCAGAAGAGGAAGUGAUGGAGAUUUUGCCGGCAGGGAGCCUGGGUGGGGUGGAGGGAGGGGGGGACCCGAGCAGGGAAAGACAGAAAGGAGCCACAAGGACAGUGUGGGGCAGUGGGACCGGCCCGGCGGGAGCUGGGGACAGCAGUGGGCCAGGUGGUCCUGGGGCCCGGGCGUAUCCCGGAGAGAGAGCUUCUAGCUCCAAGAUAGGCCUAGGCCCUGCGUCCUGGGGCCCUCGGGCAGGCAGAGGUGCUGAUGAUGGGGAAGCAGGGGGCUUGUGGGAGCCUGAGGAAUCUCGAGGGCAGAGAUCUGUAGGAAAGAACUCCCAGGAGCCCUCAAAGCCUGGUAGCGGAAAGUUCUUCCUGGGACAAGGGGGGCCUGAGGCCAAAGCUGAGGAGUGGCUACAGGCAGCCGAUCAAGGCCCAGGGAGGUCAGCGGGCGGGAGGGACGGCUACCAGAGCAGCCCUGUAGGCCCAGGAGGCCCCGGGGGCUGGGAAAAGGGCCUACAGGGGCUCGGGGGAAGGGAAGGCCAGGAGACAGCGGGGGGCUGGGGUGAGGCAGGGGGUGGCUCUGGAAGCUUCCAGUAUUCCCAAGGCUGGCCAGCAGGUCAGCGGGGAGCAGCGGGUGCUGGAAGAAUGGAGUCUGAGAGCACAGGUCCUUGGGAUGACACAGGGGCCAGCCUCAGCAAAAGCGGGGCCCCCCACCGGCCUGGCAUGUUGGGGUCUGGAGAAGGGCAAGGUGGGGCAGGUGGUGCCCAGGAGGCUGGACUGAUGGGGUCUGGUCAGGGGGUGGAUAGCAGAGGCCACAGGCCAGUUGGGUCUCCAAGCCUGGGGGCUCUGGGGGCUGGGGAGGCCCUAGGAGACCCCGGACUGAGAGGUCCAGGAGCAAUGGGCUCUGGGCCAGAUUUCGGGAACGGAUCAGGGAUGCCCAGAGGGAAAAGAGGUGAGACAGGCUAUGACAAGGACGGCUUAGGGGGCCCAGGAGGGAUGGAAUCGAGGUUUGGCGACGGCUUCGGGUAUGCUGGGCGAACAGGCCCUGAAAACCGCGCUGGCUACGGCGGUGCCUCGGCCGUGUCGGGGGAAAUGGGAUCUGCCGAUGGCACGGGUCGUGGGGUUGCCUCUGGGGCACCUGGGGGAACAGAGUCUGAGGAAGGGGGUGGUUACAGGCAUGGCUCGGGGGUGCCUGGCGGAACGUGGUCUGGAAAGAAAGACAGUGAUGGGCCUGCAGUAAGAGGGUCGGGGAGGUUUGCUCGUCUCCAGAGUGGCUCAGGUGGCCCUGACAGAGGGCCCGCGGGUGACUCCGGGAUGCCCGCGGAGGCCGAGGCUGCCUCCAGAGGCCCGGGGGAGGGCGGCCCCCGGGGAAGGCUUCAUUCCAGGGGUGGCCUAGGGAGUCCCGGCGCAGCAGGGUCUGCGGAUGGAGGUGGCUAUGGGGUCUCUGCAACAACGGAGGCUCUUGGGGAGGGACACGCGGAGGCAGAAUCGGGGGUCUCUGGAAGAAUAAGGCCCGGGAGUCAGCCUGGAGACUAUGGGGACUUCAGACCCUCAGGGGCCUCUGGAAAAGGAGGCCACGAGCAUGGCUCUGGUGAAGCAGGAGCCACGGAUCCGAGGUACCUGAAGGCCGGAGGCGACGGGAAUGAUGGGGUUGGGAGCAAGGACCUUGGCACUAGGGCCUCUGCCACUGGAGCCGGUCAUUGGGAUGGUACCAGGUUCCCCAGGGCACUCGCUCCUCAUGCUGGGGACGGUUCUGGGAGCCAGGGGCCUUAUGGGUCUGCUGACACCCUAGGCUACGGUGGGCCAGGAAUUCAAGGGCCUCAGCAAGUUGGAAGCGGAACAGCUUAUAGAGGAGGGUCAAAAGGGCUUGGGUCUGGGGGGCUGGGGCCAGGGGGGGAGGCAGGCUUUAGAGACAGCUCAGGAGACCAUGGGGGAAGGGGUUCAGGCGCCGAGGUAGGUUAUAAGACUGGUAUUGGGGGUUCUGGGGGAAUGGGAUCAGUAGACGAGGUAGACCAUAGGAAGGCUUGGGGAGCUCCAGAGAGAAUGGGCUCAGGGGGGGAAGCAGGUCACAGGGAUGGUUUGGGGGGUCCUGGGAGAACUGGGCCAGGGGAAGGUGAGGCAGGUUAUAAGGAUGGUUUGGGGGGUCCUGGGAGAAUGGGGAUGGGGGGCAAGGCAGGUUAUGGGGAUGGUUUAGGGGGUCCUGGGAGAAUGGGAAUAGAAGGUGAGGCAGGUUAUAAGGAUGGUUUGGGGGGUCCAGGGAGAAUGGGGAUGGGGGGCGAGGCAGGUUAUGGGGAUGGUUUGGGGGGCCCGGGGAGAAUGAGGAUGGGGGGCGAGGCAGGUUAUGGGGAUGGUUUAGGGGGUCCUGGGAGAAUGGGAAUAGGAGGUGAGGCAGGUUAUAAGGAUGGCUUGGGGGGUCUUGGGAGAAUGGGGAUGGGCAGUGAGGCAGGUUAUGGGGAUGGGGGUGAGGCAGGUUAUAAGGAUGGUUUGGUGGGUCCUGGAAGAACUGGAUCAGGGGAUGAGGCAGGUUAUGGGGAUGGUUUAGGGGGUCCUGGGAGAAUGGGAAUGGGGAUGGGGGGUGAAGCAGGUUAUGGGGAUGGUUUCGGGGGUCCUGGGAGAGAGGGGAUGGCGGGUGAAGCAGGUUAUAAACAUGGUUUGGGGGGUCCUGGGAGAAUGGGGUCAGGGGGUGAAGCAGUUUAUAAGGAUGGUUUGGGGGGUCCUGGGAGAAUGGGGAUGGGGGGUGAGGCAGGUUAUAAAGAUGGUUUAGGGGGUCCUGGGAGAAUGGGGUCGGGGACUGAAGCCGGCUAUGGAGAUGGUAUGGGGGGUCCUGGGAGAAUGGGGAUGGGCAGUGAGGCAGGUUAUAAGGAUGGUUUAGGGGGUCCUGGGAGAAUGGGGUCAGGGGGUGAGGCAGGUUAUAAGGAUGGUUUGGGGGGUCCUGGGAGAAUGGGGAUGGGGGGUGAGUCAGGUUAUAAGGAUGGUUUGGGGGGUCCUGGGAGCAUGGGGUCAGGGGCUGAGGUAGGCUAUGGAGAUGGUUUGGGGGGUCCUGGGAGAAUGGGAGUAGGGGGUAAGGCAGGUUCUAAGGAUGGUUUGGAGGGUCCUGGGAGAAUGGGCUCAGGGGGUGAGACAGGUUAUAAGGAUGGUUUGGGGGGUCCUGGGAGAAUGGGGAUGGGGGGUGAGGCAGGUUAUAAGGAUGGUUUUGGGGGUCCUGGGAGAAUGGGGAUGGGGGGUGAGGCAGGUUACGGAGAUGGUUUGGGGGGUCCUGGGAGAAUGGGAGUAGGGGGUAAGGCAGGUUCUAAGGAUGAUUUGGAGGGUCCUGGGGGAAUGGGCUCAGGGGGUGAGACAGGUUAUAAGGAUGGUUUGGGGGGUCCUGGGAGAAUGGGGAUGGGGGGUGAGGCAGGUUGCGGAGAUGGUUUGGGGGGUCCUGGGAGAAUGGGAGUAGGGGGUAAGGCAGGUUCUAAGGAUGGUUUGGGGGGUCCUGGGAGAAUGGGGAUGGGGGGUGAGUCAGGUUAUGAGGAUGGUUUGGGGGGUCCUGGGAGCAUGGGGUCAGGGGCUGAGGUAGGCUAUGGAGAUGGUUUGGGGGGUCCUGGGAGAAUGGGAGUAGGGGGUAAGGCAGGUUAUAAGGAUGGUUUGGGGGGUCCUGGGAGAAUGGGGUCAGGGGGUGAGACAGGUUAUAAGGAUGGUUUGGGGGGUCCUGGGAAAAUGGGGUCAGGGGGUGAGGCAGGUUAUAAGGAUGGUUUUGGGGGUCCUGAGAGCAUGGGAUCAGGGGCUGAGGUAGGCUAUGGAGAUGGUUUGGGGGGUCCUGGGAGAAUGGGAGUAGGGGGUAAGGCAGGUUCUAAGGAUGGUUUGGAGGGUCCUGGGAGAAUGGGGCCAGGGGCUGAAGCCGGCUAUGGGGAUGGUAUGGGGGGUCCUGGGAGAAUGGGGAUGGGCAGUGAGGCAGGUUAUAAGGAUGGUUUGGGCGGUCCUGGGAGAAUGGGGUCAGGGGGAGUGGCAGGUUCUAAGGAUGGUUUGGGGGGUCCUGGUAGAAUGGGGUCAGGGGCUGAAGCCGGCUAUGGGGAUGGUUUAGGGGGUCCUGGGAGAAUUGGGUCAGAGGGAGCGGCAGGUUCUAAGGAUGGUUUGGGGGGUCCUGGGAGAAUGGGGCCAGGGGCUGAAGCCGGCUAUGGGGAUGGUAUGGGGGGUCCUGGGAGAAUGGGGAUGGGCAGUGAGGCAGGUUAUAAGGAUGGUUUGGGCGGUCCUGGGAGAAUGGGGUCAGGGACUGAAGCUGGCUAUGGGGAUGGUUUAGGGGGUCCUGGGAGAAUGGGGAUAGGGAGUGAAGCAGGUUAUAAGGGUGGUUUGACGGGUCCUGGGAGAAUCGGGUCCGGGGGUGAGGCAGGCUAUAGGGAUGGUUUGGGGCCUGCUAGGGGACUGGGGUCAGGAAGUGAGGCAGAUUAUAGGGGAGGCUCAGGAGGACCUGAAGAAAUAGGGUCAGAAGGUGAGGUGGGUUACAGAGAUGGGUCAGGGAAGUUUGGAGUAACAGGCACACAGGCUGGACUGGGAUAUGAGGGUGGACCCAGAAGCCAGGAAGCCACAGGGCACGGGUCAAAGUACUGGACAGCGUCAGAGGGGUCUGGUGGUGGCACAAGCUCCAAGGAUGGUUCAGAGAAAGCCAGAGGAAUGGGACCCGUGAAAGGGGCAGCACCCGGAAUGGGCUCUAGGAUGGCUGGAACGCUGGGCACUGCAGAUGGCACAACAUGUAGGGACAGCCCAAGGGGCCCAGACGUGCUGGGAGUUCAAGGAGGGCCACAGAUUCUUUCAGAUGGGCAGGACUCCAAGAAGGGUCUCGGGGGCUCCGGAACCUCAGGGGUUCCUGAGGCAGUGGGGGCUGUUGGCUCUGUGGGAAAAUCAGGAGUCAGAGAGUGGCAAGGUGCUGCUGGGACCCCAGGAUCUCGUGGGGACAGAGAGGCUCCCAGCAGGGAGGGCAGGUCUGCAGACAAGGCAGGUGGUUCGAGGGCUCCUGGGUUUCUCGAUGGUCAGGGGGGAGUAGAGGGCGAGACCUGGGCAGGGGCAGCUGCUCUGGAAUCUGGACAUGAGCAGGACUUCGGGAAAGGAGGCCCAGGGACAGCAGACAGGGGUAGAGCAGCUGGCCCGGGGGGACUGGCACCUCAGGGGGAGGUGGGAGGCAGAGGGAUGGGAGCGACACGGGGGGACUCAGUGGGUACAGGCCAGGUUCUGGACAGCAGCUGGAUGCCUGGGGAAGGUUCUGCUGGUGGGCGAGGGGCAAGCCACACUGGGGUCCCAGGCGGGGAAGACCAGGGGUUGGGCCCAGGCAGCACAGGUGCUGGGAGUCAGGCCCCAGGCUCUAGAGCUUCCAGAUCUCUGCAAGAGAAAGAUGCCACUUUCAGCGGGAUCCAUGAAGGGCUGGAGGGCUCCAGGGGCAGGAAAGGUGCUCUGGGCCAAGAAGGGGCUGCCGGGUGUCAAGGCCCACGGUUCCUGGAUAGCAAAGGUUCAGGUCCUGGAAGGGGCAGGUCUACUGGCCCAGGGGACUCAGGCGUCCUGGAUAAGAGGGAUUCUAGUGACAGGGAGAAUGGCCUCCCCCGAAAACCUGGGGAUCUAGGACCUCAGGGAGCCUGGAAUGGCCUCGAUGGUACUUUUGGCAGAAAGGACUCUAUGGACAGGUCAGGGGGCGUCCAGAGCCUGGACUUCCAGCUAGACAAAGGACAAAGAGGAGAUAGAGGGUCCCUGGGGCAUCAGGGAUCCCUGGGGCAUCACAGAUCCCUUGGGGCUGAGAAUGACAAGGCCCAGGGUCCUGGGGCUCUGGAGGGACAUGAGGGAUGGGGAGCAGGAGAGUCAGGCGGGUCCGACAGGAGGCCUGGCCAGCUCAGCAGCUGGUCUCAAAGAGAGACAGAGGUGGAGGCUGGAACAGCCAAGAGAAGGGGAGCAGAGGAGGCCAGAGGCCCGGGGCAGCCGCUGUGGGGAGAGGACAGAGAGAGCCGAGGAGUGACUCUGCCCGGAGACCGCAGCUGGGAGCCCCCGACUCAUCUUGGCAGCAGGAGAGGUGGCCUGGAGGGCAGGUCAGACAUCUCUGGCCAGGGGAGGGAUGCCACCCAGAGUCCCAGAUCCAGAUCCAAGCCUGGCACUGGCGGUUUCUCCACGGAGGCCCGAGGCCCCCUGGGCCACUUCUCUCGGGGCCUGACUGACACGGAAGUGCAGCACGGGGCGCCUGCUGUGCUCUCCUGCACCCUCACCCGCGACCUGGGCCCCGGGGCCUGGUUUAAAGAUGGAGUCAAGCUCGGCUCCCAGGACGGAGUCACCUUUGAGGAAGAAGGUCUCACGCGCAGGCUCCGCAUUCCCCGCGCGCAGGGGACUCAGGCGGGGAAGUACGCCUUCGUGGCCGGCAGCCAGCGGAGCGAGGCCACCCUGCGUGUCCACGAUCGCCCUGUCAUUGCUCCUGACGUGACAGAGAGCCUGAGAGAGCCACUGGUGGUCAAGGCCGGGAAGCCGGUGACGGUGAAGAUCCCCUUCCAGAGCCACCUCCCAGUCCAGGCUGCCUGGAAAAAGGACGGAGUGGAGGUGGCGGGCGGCAGCGGCAGGGGGCCCCAGGUGGCCUUGGGGGACGGCUUCACCCGGCUGUGCCUCCCCAGCGCCGGCAGGAAGGACGGCGGCCGGUACAGCGUGACACUGAGCAGCGAGGGAGGCUCCGCGCGGGCGGAGGUCACCCUACAGGUUAUAGACAAGCCCCAGCCCCCACAAGGUCCCCUCGAGGUACAGGAUCGCCACGGGGCUGGUGUCUGCCUCCACUGGAGGCCCCCGCGGGACGACGGGGGCCAGGCCCUGGAGCGCUACGUGGUGGAGAGGCGGCAAGCUGGCAGGAGCACCUGGCUGAAGGUGGGCGAGCCCCCCGCAGACAGCACCACCUUCACCGAUACCCACGUGGAGCAGGGCAAGAAGUACACCUUCCGAGUGCGGGCUGUGACCUCUGAGGGGGCUGGGGAGGCCCUGGAGUCCGCGGAGGUGCUGGUGGCCCCUGAGGCUCUCCCGAGGCCGCCCUCGGCCCCGGCCAUCCAGGCAGCCUCCAGCCAGGGCAUCACGCUGACAUGGACGGCACCUCGGGGCCCUGGCAGCGCCCACAUCCUGGGCUACCUCAUCGAGAAGCGCAAGAAGGGAAGCAACACCUGGACGGCGGUGAAUGCCCAGCCCGUGCCUGAGAGGAGGUGGACGGUGACGGACGUGCGGCAGGGCUGUCAGUACGAGUUCCGGGUCACGGCUGUGUCGCCCGCCGGCCCCGGAGAGCCUGGGCCCCCGUCGGAUGCCGUCUUCGCUCGGGACCCCAUGAGAGUCCCUGGGCCCGUGAGGGAGCUGCAAGUCACAGACACGUCGCACACCAGCAUCACCUUGAGCUGGGCCCCGCCGGAUGCUCAGGAUGGGGAUGCAGCCCAGGGGUACGUGGUGGAGCUGCGAGGCUCAGAUGGUCUGCAGUGGAGCCCGUGCCACCCGGGCACCGUGCCAGCCACCACCUUCACAGUCAAAGGGCUUCGGCCCCAAGAGGGCUACUUCGUAAGGGUGACAGCAGUUAACGACGGGGGCCGCGGCCAGCCCACGGCCCUGGACACAGUAGUGCAAGCCAUGCCGGUGACCGUCCGUCCCAAGUUCCUCAUGGACUCCGGCACAAAGGACUCGCGGAUGGUCAGAGCUGGGGACACUGUUCGUGUGCCUAUCUCCUUUGAGGCCGCACCCAUACCUGAGGUCACCUGGCUGAAGGAUGGCCUGCCCUUGCCUAAAAGAAAUGUGACCUCCACCAAGGAGGGCCUCACCCAGCUGCUGAUUCCUGCGGCCAGCCUCUCCGACAGCGGCCUCUACACCGUGGUGCUGAGGAGCCUGCAGGGCGAGGAGGCUACCUACCGCUUCUCCCUCAGGGUGGCAGCGUGCCCGAGGGCGCCUGGACCCAUCCGCCUGCAGGAGAACGUGCCUGGGACGGUGACGGCCGAGUGGGAGGCCUCCCCAGAUGAGGCCGGGGAGGACCCCCUGUACUACGAGGUCCUGAUGCGCUCGUCGGCGCGCGGGCGCUGGCAGCAGGCAGCCGACCGCGUGCACACCAACCACUACACCUUCCUGGGCGUGCUCCCCGGCCACGAGUACCACUUCCGGGUGGUGGCCAAGAACGAGCUGGGGGCCAGCCUGCCCUCGGACACCAGCGAGCCCUGGCGCAUCCCCCGCCAUCGGGACAAGUUCACGGUGAAGGCUCCAGGCCACCGGGAGCCCGACCUGAGCCAGAAGCCCCGCUUCCUGGUGGGCCUGCGGACUCACCUGCUGCCGCAGGGCUGCGAGUGCUGCAUGAGCUGCGCCGUGCAGGGCUGGCCCCGGCCCCACGUCACCUGGUUCAAGGACGACCAGAGCCUGGCGGGCCACCCCACAGCGUACAGCACCGACGUGCUGGGCGUGUGCUCCCUCGUCAUCCCCAGCGUCUCCCUCAGGGACGGCGGCCAGUACAAGGCCGUGGCCGAGAACGCGCUGGGCCAGGCCGUCAGCACCGCCACCCUCAUCGUCGUGGGUCGUGAGGAAGAGGAGGAGGAGGAGGAGGAAGGAGGGUCGGAGGAGUAGCCCCCCGCCUGGGAGCCCUCCCGGUCCCCUCAGGGUGGUCGGCCUGGAGGUCGGGAUACUGAGGUCCUCUAGCCGCCGAGGCGCUACAGCAACUCUGUGACUUAAGCUGGACGGCGCUCGCCCUCCUGGGCCCGUGAUUUGCCCACCUGCAAGGUGCAACGUCGCCCUAGACCGCGGAGCACCAGCUCUCGGCCGGCGGGACCGUGUAUGCGCCCCCCCGCCCCCCAGGCCCCCGGGCGGCCCGCGGCACCUCUCACGAUGGGAGACCAAGGGCCUGUGUUACACCUUCGGGAACACGCAGACCCGGACCGGAGUGCUCAGGAGGCCUCGCUGGCUUCCCUACCGCUAGUGCCCUCGUCAGUAAAGCAGUAACACUUGUCAGUAAGAGGAUGUUUUUCCUUGAUAGUAAUUAAACACCUUGUGUUUUGAAUAGAGAACAAAGCAAACAUUUUAAAUUAUUCAGAGUUAACCUUUGUGGAAAAACCGGGUUCACCAACCGGAGCCCCUUUUCUGUCUGCGGCACCUAUGCCAGGGGCCCCGGGAGCCACUCCAUAAGUGCCCCCCGUGUGUGCACACACCUAGUCCUGUGUUUGGGGGUGGUCGUCAGGGAAGGAACUUGUCCGAGCUCGGCGAGCAAGCGGGGUCUCUGCAUUUGAAGCCACGGUGCCUGCUGGCGGAGCCCCUGGGCCGACCUUGUUGCUGUGUGAGCUUCACCACGGGCUGGGGGUGGGAGGGCAGCGGCUCCCCCAGGACCGGCCGGAUAGCCUGGGGCUCUGUGUGUCGCAUGAUCCAGCUCCCAGUGUCACCUCCCCCAGGGAUAGCCCCACCUGGCUCCACAGCCGUGGCACGAGGACAGAUCCCCAAAACCUCCCUCCUGACACCUGCACUGGCCCAGAGAGCUAGUCCUAACAGAUGGGGGACACCUGGGGAAGAUGGGGGCCAUUCAGCCUCUCCACCCCAAGCCAGGUCCCUGGACAGAUGACGGUGAACCUCCUCCACUCUCACCACGUGGCGCCUUUCUUCUCCACUUCGGGACACCCAGAGACAACCUGUCUGCAAGAGGAAGGCCAAGUCCUCGUUUUCUGGACGCAGGUUCCUGGAGGGAGAGCAGAAAGAGCUGGGCCUGCCGUGAAUAGAGGAGGGAGGAACGAGGAGGUCAUCUGCGUGAGGGCCAGGACAUCGGGGGGUGCAGGGGGGCUGCUUUCUGUGCUUUUCGCCAUUAAAACA